AUGUGGGGCUGGUUUGGAGGCGGCGCCGCCGCGCAGAAGAAGAAGGAUUCGGCCAAGAAUGCCAUUCUCGGCUUGCGGGCGCAGCUUGAUAUGCUGCAAAAACGAGAGAAGCAUAUCAUGAACCAGAUCGAAGAACAGGAUCAGAUCGCUAGGAAGAACGUCAACACGAACAAAACAGUGGCCAAGGCUGCCUUGCGACGCAAGAAGACACAAGAGGGAACAUUGGAUAAGACUAUUGCGCAGAUCGCGACGCUGGAAGCGCAGAUUAACUCGAUCGAAUCGGCCAACAUCAACCGCGAAACGCUGGCAGUCAUGGAGAAGUCUUCAGAGGCCAUCAAGGCCAUCCACCAAGGCCUGACGCCGGAGAAAGUGGAUGAGAUUAUGGAGAAAAUCAAUGAACAGAAUGCGCUUAGCGAUGAGAUUGUUAAUGUCAUUACGCAAAACCCGAUCGGCGAGCAAUUUGAUGAUGGCGAGCUGGAAGACGAGCUGGAACGCAUGCAACAAGAGCAUCUUGACGAGCAAAUGCUGAACACAGGCCAGGUGCCCAUAGCGGAUGCCGUCCACAAGAUGCCCACACCAUCGAAUGCAGAUCCUAUAUCUAGCAAGAAGGUUGCCGUGGAGGACGACGAGGAGGCUGAGCUUCUGAAGCUUCAAGCUGAGAUGGCAAUGUGA